AUAUAUAUUUUGAUUCAUUUUCAAACACUGAGUGAGAGGCAGUCCAGCCAAGAUGAAUGUCAGCUUAUCUUUUCCUCAUCCAUCAAUCUUUAAUCCCUCACUCUGCACAAGUAAAACACAAUUGGUGCAGUCCAACUCCACCACUAUUUUAUUUAGCUUCUCCUCCUUUCCAUUUCAUUCUGUUCACAGAAUUCCUCAGUUAGAUAAGAAACGACGUCGUUUUCUCACUUGUGCUUCCUCCUUACAGCUGCCGCUUCUUCCCUUCCCUAUUGACCAGGUAUUAGUCCCUUCAGAGACAAAGACACUACACUUGUAUGAAGCAAGAUACUUGGCGCUGUUAGAGGAGUCUCUUUUUAAGAAGAAAAAGCUCUUUGUGCACUUUGUUCUAGAUCCUAUAGCCAUCAAUGAUACAUCAGGAGAAGCAUCUUUUGCUGCUAGAUACGGUUGCUUGGUUGCAAUAGAGAAAGUCGAGAAAUUGGAGAUUGGUGCAUUAGUCUCUAUUAGGGGUAUAGGCCGUGCCAAAAUUCUGAAAUUUGAACAGGCAGAACCAUACUUGACAGGUGCAGUCAUACCAUUGCUGGACAACACUGCACACAGUGAGACAGAACUAAGUUCCAAAGUUCUGGAGAUAAAAGAAGCUCUCCGUAAUUUGAAUAGCUUGGAAAUAAAGCUGAAGGCUCCUCAAGAAGCUUUGUUGCAAACUUUAACUGCAAACUCUUUGAAAUGGUCUGAGAAGACACCUGUUCCGGAUUGCGACAACAGCUUCAUUCCACCUUUUGCUGAGCUUGUAUCCUUUGCAGCACUUCAACCUGUUUCUGGAUCUUCCGAGUCAGAGUUGCAGAAGCUGCAAAAAAAGAAGUUGAGAGCUAUGGACAUCAGGGAUACCCUAGAGAGACUUGAAGAUUCCAUAGGAUAUGUGCAAGAAAAUAUUUCCUUGGUAGCAGCCAAGCUCGCAAUUCAAUCUUUAGAUUCCCGGUCAUGAACGAAUUGCUGAACAGGGUUCCUAGCUCAUGAACAUGAAACUUUGCAUGAAAGUAUGAACUAGGUUCGUAUUCUUAGCACAUUAAAUUUGGUUAACGGAAGAGAAGCCGUAUAGACAUCAUGACAUGGUCAUGUAUAUAUUAGUUUGGCGAGGGAUCAUGUAUAUAUUCGUUUGGGAAAGGAUGCUCAAAACAGAAGAAAAAUGUUUGCCAAGAGAGGUUACAGCUCAGUCUUAUGCAUCUUCAAGUUUAAAGAAGAGCCUCAACAGUUUCAUCAAGAAAACAAGGACAGUUAUUAGGAUUACUAAUAUCAGUAGUCCAUUGUAUAUGAGAGCAAGACUUUGGCAUUUCAAGGAAGGCAUAGUAUUUAAUAUUCACAAGGGAACAAUUUAUUUAUUUUACAGGGUUUAUUCAGCAAAGUGCUGGUUUAAUUCAAUGAAAAGCUAUGGUGCUUCUCUCCGA